AUGGCCUCAAGCACUCAAGCAGAUGCGGGGAAACCUCCCUUCCCACCAUUCACCUUGGAGACAGCAAAGAUCAAGGUCAAAGCUGCUCAAGAUAUGUGGAAUACCAAGGAUCCUCACAAAGUGAAGAAUGGCUACACCACCGAUUCUAUCUGGAGGAAUCGGGACACAUUCUUGAAGGGAGCGGAUGAGAUCGUUGAGUUCCUGACUAAGAAAUGGAGUGUUGAGAACGGUUAUCGGUUGAGGAAGGAGCUGUUUGCUUUUACGGAGAAUAAAAUUGCAGUGCAAUUCUGGUACGAAUGGCAUGACACAACAGGUCAAUGGUACCGCACCUACGGCCUCGAGGACUGGACCUUUGCUGCCGACGGUAGGAUGAGAAAGAGGCAGAUGAGCGGGAACGAUGUCAAGAUUUCAGAUGAAGAGAGGUGGUUCAAGGAGGGGGUUGACGUCAAUGCGGUGGAUAUCUUAGAGAAGCAUUGGUGA